CUUGGGUUGAGUCUAGCCCUGUAACUGAUUAAGGGGAAGGUUCAAACCCUCUGUUUUCUCAGUGACCAAGUAGAGGGGUUCUGUAAUUUAAGUCAAGAUUAGAUUUUUUGCUUGCUUCGGAUCCUUAUAUUGAACGGGGAGGUGGUGGCGUGCAGAAAUGUGUGGAAGAUCCGAGUUUGGACUUUUGUGCAUGUAGAAGGAUCAUGACUUCUUCUGACAGUGAUCUAUCUGACAGUAAUGAAGCUAGUGUGGAGCAAAAUCACUCCGAAACUGCACCGGAGUCUUUAUCUCCAUUGACAGGGAUGUCUCAUCAUGGCAUUACUCCAACUGUACAAUAUGCGGCACCUCCACAACUUGGAGUAGGAAAUACCAUGGGGCAGGCAGGUUACCCGUAUCCAGAUCCUUAUUAUAGAAGCAUCUUUGCGCCGUAUGAUACACAGCCAUAUCCUGCACAGCCUUAUCCUACACAACCCAUGGUUCACCUUCAGUUGAUGGGAAUGCAGCAAGCUGGUGUUCCCUUGCCAUCAGGGGCAGUUGAGGAGCCUGUAUUUGUAAAUGCAAAGCAAUAUCAUGGCAUCUUGAGGCGCCGGCAAUCUCGCGCAAAAGCUGAAUCAGUGAACAAAGUUAUCAAGUCUAGGAAGCCAUACUUGCAUGAAUCUCGGCAUCUACAUGCAGUAAGAAGAGCUCGAGGAUGUGGUGGUCGAUUCCUCAAUUUGAAGAAGACCGAGAACCAACAAAAAGAGCGAGAGUCGUUAGGCGACCAAUCACAAUCGGAUAUCACCUCCACGAAUGCUGACAAACAUGAUCUUGCUCCAGAAAAUGUUUCCUGAUGUUCUCAAACCACUCUGCAUUUACGGCCACCAAACGAACAGUUUCCUAGCAAUAGCCCACGCUUUCGGGUUAUCAACAUAUUGCUGGCUUGAAUGUCAGCUAGGUUUGUAAUUUUAGCUCUUUGGGUAGAGUUGCUAAGUUAUCGCUUAUAGCUGUUGCUUUGCACCAGAAUGCAUUGAUCUUGUUGAUAUUACCCAAUAAUUAACGGUCCUAAUUUGAUGUGGGUCAA